GAGAUCUCCGGCGGAGGGGGAGGCGGCGGCGGCGGCGGCAGCAGCAGCGGCAGCACAGGCGGAGAGUUGAAUGGCAUUAAAAUGGUGGAUGAACCUAUGGAGGAAGGAGAACCAUAUUCCUAUAAUGAUGAAGGAAAUGUAGAAGAAAUACCUAUUACCCACCAUGUGAAAGAAGGAUGUGAAAAGGCAGAUCCUAGACAAUUUGAAUUACUUAAAGUCCUUGGUCAGGGAUCAUUUGGAAAGGUUUUCCUUGUGAGGAAAAUUAUUGGUCCUGAUGCUGGACAGCUGUAUGCGAUGAAAGUUCUGAAGAAAGCUUCUUUGAAAGUUCGAGAUAGAGUUCGUACAAAGAUGGAGAGAGAUAUUUUAGUAGAAGUAAAUCAUCCUUUUAUUGUCAAACUGCACUAUGCCUUUCAGACUGAAGGGAAGCUAUAUUUAAUAUUGGAUUUUCUCAGGGGAGGCGAUGUGUUCACAAGAUUAUCCAAAGAGGUUAUGUUUACAGAGGAAGAUGUGAAAUUCUACCUCGCAGAACUGGCCCUUGCUUUGGAUCAUCUGCACAGCUUGGGAAUUGUAUACAGGGACCUGAAGCCAGAAAACAUUUUGCUUGAUGAAGCAGGACAUAUCAAGUUAACAGACUUCGGCCUCAGCAAAGAAUCCGUCGAUCAAGAGAAGAAAGCCUAUUCUUUCUGUGGCACUGUGGAGUACAUGGCACCUGAAGUGGUAAACAGGCGAGGCCACAACCAGAGUGCCGAUUGGUGGUCAUUUGGUGUUCUCAUGUUUGAAAUGCUUACUGGUACACUACCAUUUCAAGGUAAAGAUCGAAAUGAAACUAUGAAUAUGAUACUCAAAGCAAAACUUGGAAUGCCGCAGUUCCUUAGUCCUGAAGCUCAAAGUCUUCUGAGGAUGUUGUUUAAACGGAAUCCUUCAAAUAGGUUAGGAGCGGGUCCUGAUGGUGUUGAAGAAAUAAAGAGGCAUCCCUUCUUUUCAACUAUUGACUGGAAUAAACUAUACAGGAGAGAGAUUCAGCCCCCAUUUAAACCUGCUUCUGGAAGACCCGAAGACACAUUUUGUUUUGAUCCAGAAUUCACAGCAAAAACACCAAAAGAUUCUCCAGGAGUUCCACCUAGUGCUAAUGCUCACCAGCUCUUCAAAGGGUUUAGCUUUGUUGCAACUACUGCCAUAGAAGACCACAAAUUCUCCCCUCUCAACAAUAUAUUGCCAAUAGUACAGCAACUUCAUGGGAAUAGUGCACUAUUUACAGAUGCCUAUGAACUUAAGGAGGACAUCGGUGUUGGUUCCUACUCAGUGUGUAAGCGCUGUAUCCACAUAGCUUCAAACAUGGAGUUUGCUGUAAAGAUAAUUGACAAAAGUAAAAGAGAUCCCUCUGAAGAAAUUGAGAUUUUGAUGCGCUAUGGACAGCACCCUAACAUUAUUACUUUAAAAGAUGUGUACGAUGAUGGUAAAUAUAUCUACCUUGUCACAGAACUGAUGAAGGGAGGUGAGCUGCUGGAUCGUAUUCUCCGACAAAAGUAUUUCUCAGAACGGGAAGCAAGUGCUGUAUUGUAUACCAUCACUAAAACAGUUGACUACCUUCAUUGUCAAGGAGUAGUACAUCGAGACCUUAAACCCAGUAAUAUUUUAUAUAUGGAUGACUCUAAUAAUGCUGACUCCAUCAGGAUUUGUGAUUUUGGCUUUGCAAAACAACUUCGGGGGGAGAAUGGGCUACUCUUAACCCCUUGCUACACUGCCAACUUUGUAGCACCAGAGGUUCUCAUGAGACAGGGUUAUGAUGCUGCUUGUGAUAUCUGGAGCUUGGGUGUCCUGCUUUAUACCAUGUUGGCUGGGUAUACGCCUUUUGCCAAUGGUCCCAAUGAUACCCCUGAGGAAAUCCUGUUACGAAUUGGCAGCGGAAAUUUUUCUUUAAGCGGAGGCAACUGGGAUACUGUUUCAGAUGCAGCAAAGGAUUUGCUAUCUCAUAUGCUACAUGUAGAUCCACACCAACGAUAUACUGCAGAACAAGUUCUUAAGCAUUCAUGGAUAGCCUGUAGGGACCAGCUGCCACAUUACCAGCUUACCAGGCAGGAUGCACCACAUCUUGUAAAGGGGGCCAUGGCUGCCACAUAUUCUGCACUGAAUAACAAGACAUUUCAGCCUGUGUUGGAGCCUGUCGCAGCUUCCAGCUUAGCUCAACGGCGGAGUAUGAAAAAGCUAACGUCAACAGACUUAUAGUUCCACUGGGGCACUACACCAAAGUGGAGCAAGGGAAAAAAAAUCCAAUAAGUGGCUCUGUAUCUGCCUGGCCUGUGAUUUAAAAGGCAUAUACAUGUCCCUCCUACACUACUUGAAUUCUGUUGAAGAAAGAAAAGAAAAGAAACGUUCAGAGGUUCAGGGGGAUUCAUAAUACGUUUUGUGGGAAGUGUCAGUGGUUCAUAGAAGCAAAGCAUCAGGGUACAUCCCAGUGAUCAUGAGGAGUUUCUGUACGCAGUCCUAUUGCAUUAUGUUAAUACUUUUAAAUACUGUAUAGUUUUUGCCCAAUUUAUAAAGAAAUGGUUUAGGGGACCAUAGACACUGAAGUUGUAAAUUGAAAACUGAAAAAAAAAGAAAAAGAGUCAGUGUUCAGUAUUUUUGCUAUCUGGCCUUAUUGUAAAGAGAGAGAGAGAAAUUCGACUUAUGUGCUCUAGUUUUGUAAAUGGGUCACUUUACCAAUGGACUCCAUUCACCCUAAGCUCAUUGGUACAACAAGACAAGGCCAACCAAAAGUGAUAUGCUAGUGCAAAAUGCACGAGUGCUAAAAUGGAGGCCCUAGAUCUGCCUGGUGCCAAGCAGUUGAAGAAAGUGUACAAAGAGAAUCAGCCAUGACCCUGCAUUUGAAUUAUAGUGUGAAAGCCAUCAUUAGAACUAUAGGACUGGGUGUGCUUUCAUGUAAGGCCGUUGAAUGGUGGUGGUGAUGGUUGUGGUGGUGGUGAUUAGGAUAAUAACCUGAUAUAUAGAUAUAUAAAUAUAUAUUAACAUAUGGCAUCUCUAUCAUGGGAGGUUUUCAGGAAAAGGGUGAAUAGGUGUCUGUUGUGUAUGCGUUAGGUAUAGAAUAAGACAUUUAGGUAUAGAAUAUCCUAGGGCUGUGAGAUGGUCUAGACAAGCCCCUUCCAACAGUAUGACCCUUCUGUGAUAAGGGAGUAAGUGUGUUCCAUUUCCAUAACAUGGGCUGUACCCUUUUCAUUUACCAUAGAAGGGCUGAUAUUAUGGCUGUUUCUACACCUGCCUUUUUCCAGCGAUUGUCGUGGGAUCAUCCCUGUGCAUGCAAAUGGCACACAGGGGAUCCCAGGAGCAGGCAGGGACAAUUCCUCCAUUUUCCUGGGAUAAUCCUUGGGUGUAGAAAGGUUCUGUAUCUGCACUGAGAUUCUGAAUAUAAGCCCUCAAAAGCGAGAACUGAAAGACUGGUAUUACUUAAUACAGGCAGUUUUGUGAAUCUACCUUGGUAAUCCACUGUGCUCUGUUAUUGCUUUUCCCUCUUUCCUCCAUGAUUUGGUUACUAUUUUGGCAGGGCUUUUUCAUAUUGGGGUAGCAGUUAAUUCACCCUGAAUUGUAAGAUACUGAUGUUUUUAUCACAUAACGUAUUUCACAAUGGUCUUUAUUUAUUCACACUUUAUAGAAAAAAAAAGUUAUAUGAUGUCAUUUUUCAGACAUUUUAUAAAGAUUUCAAAGGUAAA